AGGAGACACACACACCGGGAAACACACACAUACAGGGAAACACACACAUACAGGGAAACACACACACACACACACACACACACACACACACACAGGGAAACAGAACAGGGAAACACACACACACACACACACACACACACACACAGUGUGGAGGAGACACGGAGGGAAACACACAGACGGCAGCCAGCGACCAGCGACCAGCUAACGGGGCAACGGGACGCGCACAGCAGCUCUCAUAUUUACACAAACCAGCAGACGGGGACUAGACCAGGAGAGGGGAGCCGCGUUUAAACCAUCUGGACUAAACUAGACCAGGAGAGGGGAGCCGCGUUUAAACCAUCUGGACUAAACUAUCAUACCAGUCUGAGACCUACACCGGAGGAGUGGACUAACUAACACCAAGGAGACGGCACCAGAAGUUUCAGGCAGCAGGACUAGAGGCUACUGGCAGGACAGGACUAGAUCCAUAUGCCUCCCACUGGCCGACUUCAGAUGGGGAUUCCUCAGCAGUUCUCCUAGUAGUUCUCCUAGUAGGCUCUUUAGUAGCUCUGCUGUUUCCACAUGCUCAACUCUACUGCACCAGUCGAGUCCCUAGCCAGCCAGCCAGCCAGCCAGCCAGCACUGAACUCUCAACUCCCCCAUGACGGAGGGAGGGAGGGAGAGAGGGAAUCCACGUCUUCCUCAGAAGCCUCGGUAGCCGUCUACAGGAUUUCAGUCGCCUCGGUAGUCGUCUAAAGGGAGCUCUGCUUGAAUUUCAGUUCCCUUGCCAUCGAAAAGGAGUCCUGCUCCUCUCCUCAUCUCAGCUCAUCUUGAGUGUUUGUGUUUCUCCUCCCACGUCUGUGAGUGAGUGUGCUGUUUACUUUUUGGGAUUUUUCUGGUUUUUUUUUUCCUGUUCUUUCGAUGUGAAACUGGAAUAUUUUCUCUGCUGUGGUUUUGGGAAGUUGGGAGUGGAGGACAGGAAGACAGGCAGGCAGGCAACACGUCACCCUGAGAGCCCAACCGCCCGCUGGAAAGGCAUUAUAUUGUUCUCAAGCUCGGGGUGUGUGAGAGUGUGUGUGUGAGGCUGUGUGUGUGUCUGACAGUGUGUGUGAGCCAGUUUGUGUGUGUGUGUCUGACAGUAUGUGUGUGUGUGUCCAGCUGUAUUUUACACGUGGAAAGGGUGUAAACCAUUUGUUGUGAUCCUAUUGUGUGUGUUUGUGCGUGUGCGUGCGUGUGUGUAUGUGUGUGUGUGUGUGUUGUCUGACCACAUAACCACUGUAUACUCACACAGUGACUAAUGUGAAUUGGUCGAAAGUAUUCCUAGUGCUGUUGUCACCGCUGAUUCACGACCAGGAGUUGAAGCUGCAGAGAGACCAGAGCAGAGAGACCAGAGUGAGGUUACUGGACUAGAGCAUCUAAGAAGAGGUUUAAUCCCAACUGGACUAGAGCAUCUAAGAAGAGGUGUAAUCCCAACUGGACUAGAGCAUCUAAGAAGAGGUUUAAUCCCAACUGGACUGGAUUAUAUUGAUCAUUUGACAUGAGGAUUAGUCCAAGGCUGGAUUAUUAUCACCUGAGGUGAGUUUCAGCCCCAGACUGAACUGGAUUAUACUAGAUCAUCUGAGGUGACAUUUAGUCCGAGACUGAACUGGAUUAUUACCUGAGUCUGACACUGCGCAUGAGAACUAGACUGGAGUACAGAGGCACAUGUGAAGCCUUAAGGAGGAGAAUCAAGUGGAUCUGAACAUCUCUAGUCUACGGUAAACUACAGUAAACAUCGACAGUAUUAGACCCAGACUGGACUAGAUCAUCUGAGAGUGAGAGUGCGGAGAACAGAAGAGGAGAGGAGAGGAGAGGAGAGGAGAGGAGAGGAGAGGAGAGGAGAGGAGAGGAGAGGAGAAGAGAGCAUCUACCUAGAGGAGAAACGAGAGGAUCUGAACUUGUCUGCAGUAAACAGUCAACAUCUAAACAGGAAGCAUCUCUCCACUUGCUCCACCUGUGUCACUGCCUGGCUCUCUGGUGUCCCUGUGAGGUUUGCUUUCCACUUCCUGUUUCCUGUUUCCUGUCAUCAUUUUGGUCACCCUCCUUCGUCCUCACUCUCCUCCACUUCCUGGGUGCGUCGCCAUGACAACUCUGGAGACGUAGCCGGACGUGUUGAUUGGCUCUGCUGCUUGUCCGUCACCGGAGGAGGGGGGGUGUUGGGCCCCAUGUGGUCGCAGGGACGCUAGCUAGCUCCGCCCACCAUGAGGAACAAGGCCAAUAAGGCGAAGGCGUCCCGGAAGAGGGCGGGGCCGGACCAGGCCUUCGGCUGCGACCUCACAGAGCAUCUCCUAGCGACCGGCCAAGACGUUCCUCAGGUGUUGAGGUCGUGUGCAGAGUUCAUUGAGGAGCAUGGAGUGGUGGACGGCAUCUACAGACUCUCUGGAGUCACGUCCAAUAUACAGAAGCUACGGCAGGAGUUUGUGUCCGACGCGUGUCCGGAGCUGACCAAGGAGGUGUACCUGCAGGAUAUCCACUGCGUGGGCUCGCUCUGCAAACUCUACUUCAGGGAGCUGCCCAACCCCCUACUCACCUACGAACUCUACAAGAAAUUCACUGACUCCGUGUCGGUGAAGGGGGAGCGGGAACAGCUGAGACACAUCCAGGGAGUCAUCAAGGAACUGCCAGAGGCACACUUCAGGACGCUGGAGUACCUGAGCAGACACCUGUCUCACCUGGCAACCCUGAGUCACAUGACCAACAUGCACGCCCGCAACCUGGCGCUCGUCUGGGCCCCUAACCUGCUAAGGUGUAAGGAUAUGGAGCAGGCGUCGUCCUGUUCGGGUGACUCGGCUUUCCUGGAGGUUCGGGUUCAGCAGAGCGUUGUGGAGUUCAUCCUCAAACACACACACCACAUCUUUGGAACCCAGGACGGCCAGCGCUCCCCAACACUCCAAGGGCCGAUGGUGUGUGAGAAGUACGCCACACUUCCUGUUUCGAGCGGGACUUCCUGUGGGGCGCUGAAGCUGAUGUCACUGGAGGAGGCACAGGCACGGUCGCUAGGCAACAACCAUCCUGCCCGGCAACGGGAGAACAGCCUCCCCGACACACGCACCGCGGCAACCAUGUACCACACCGUCAUAGACCUGGACACCAAGCGUAAGCUGUCCAGUAAGUCUUCUAAGAGGUGGAAGUCCAUAUUUGGUCUGGGCCGCUCCGCCAAGCUCAGCCGCAACGGGAGUGUGCUGGUCAGGACGCAAGAUAACGAUAAAGCUGCUAUUCGUCCGUCCAAGAGUAUGGACUCCAUCUGCUCCGUCUCUCCAGAUGGCGACAUGUCGUCUCCCGGAAACAACAGGGACAGCGUGUCGAUGGACGGGGCCUGCAACGGCCUGCCAAUGAAAUCGCGGACGCUGGGCUCGGAGGCGGACUUCAGCCUGUCGGAUGAGAACCUUAAAGUGUGGGGCUUCAGUCCGAAAGGGCACAAGAAGAGCGCGUCUGGCACAGCAUCGUCGCCUAGCAACCAGCCCUCCCCAGACACGGGGGCCACAGGCAGCACCUCACAGAAGACACUGCCAGAGCAGCUCAAGGUCUUCAAGGGCGACGAGGCUUCCGGCUCGUUCCGGCCAACGUCCCCAAAGAACCGUCGCAUGCUCUUCUCAAGCUCCUCCCACCACGGCUCCGGAGGAGGGGCAGGGGCAGGGGCAGUGGUUGGCUCCGCCCCUCAUCUGUCGUUCUUCCCCCUGGAGUCCCCGUCCCUGUCGCCACGGCACCAGAGGAAAGCCCUCAACAUCUCCGAGCCCUUCGCCGUGUCCGUGCCUCUCAGGGUGUCAGCUGUCAUCAGCGCCAACAGCACCCCCUGUAGGCCUGGUGGCCCCUUAGCCUCCUCCUCCUCCUCUAUCACCCCGGCACUCAAGCCUGCUGCUGCUGCUGCUGCUGCUGCUGCUGCCCCUGCAGCUAAAGGCCUCGGCGCCACAGAACCGGAUCCCUCUGGACCACAGGGUGCUCCUCAGACCCAUGCCCAGAGCCCCCCCAGUGGCUUCGUGGGGGCCACUAGCCAGGGUGUCCCCUCUGCCAUGGUGGUAGGGGCCUCUGGCCAGGGUGUCCCCUCUGCCAUGGUGGUAGGGGCCUCUGGCCAGGGUGUCACCCCCAUGUCUCGAUCUAGCCCCACCCAAAAGACCCUGUCUCCGUCUCCUCCCCAAUCCCAUUCCAAAUCCAAAUCCAGUCCCAUCCCGACCGUCCGCCCCCCACCCCAAUCUCAGUUCAGUCCGAUCCCGUUCCCCACGGCGAAGGUCCUGGGUGCGGUUGCCAUAGUGACAGCUGAGCCUGGUGGGUCUACGUCAGAUGAGGUGUCUAACACGCCGCAGCUGCAGCAGUCCGGCAGCACCAAAGACUCCAGUAGCGCUGAUAAUGCUAACCCCUCAACAGGACCCCUCACACCACCCGCUCCAGCCCAGGCCCAGGCAGCCGAUCCUGGGCACGGUCAUGUACCUGAGGUCCAGGCUGUGGGAAACGCUGGGCCUCAACAGGCGCCAGAGCCGAAGCCCCGUAAGCAGUCAUCCACAGCCCCGCCACCUGAGCCCAGCAACACAGACAUGGGCACCAUAACAUGGCAUCAUAUAACACUAGUGUCAGGGGUCAGCAGAGAUCCCACCAGGGCAGCAGAGUCUGGGAGAGAGGAGGAGCAGGGAGACGUCCAGAGGAGCAGAGGGGACGAGGACACUGCAGACAGCCAGAGAGGAAACCAAGCAGAGACACAGCAAGGCGCCAUGGCAACAGGCGAUGAGCAGCAGAUCCUGAAGAACACUAAUGAGGACGCUCCUCGUGUCUCCAUGACGACAACUCAAGCCUCCUCCCUUCCUCGUUCCUCUCCUCCGGGCCACGCCCCCUCUGUUGGAGCGGACCAAUCAGACCAGAUUGCUGCUGCAGCCAAAGAGCAUCAAGCCGCCUCCUCUCCCCUGGUGGCUGAGUUUGCUCCUCCUCCUCUGUCCAGCUUGGGAGCUCUGAGGGAGACAGACAUCCUUAGUGACCACGAGGAGACCAGCAGCCAAUCACUGACACCCAAGACAGUGACAUCACCAACCAGCAACCAAUCACUGACAGCCAAGCAGCCCGGCGCUCGGGCAUCACCACCGGAGCCAGUAGAGGGCCGAGGGGCCGAGGGGCACGCCAAAGACUCGAGUGAUCAUACGGCCUCCUCAAGCCUCACGCCUCAAGCAGCCGCCACCAAAGAGCUCGGAGGUGGAGAUUUGGUGAAGGAGACGCCACCGACCGAGGAGGAGGAGCAGAGGGCGGAGGAGGAGCAGAGGGCGGAGGAGAGAGAGCAGCAGAAGAGCCGACGCAGAGGGAAAGAGCGAAAGCAGAAAGGAGGAAAAGAGAAGGAGAAGGGGAAAGGGUUGGACCAGGUGGAGAUAUGGGAUGACCCGAUGCACUCCCAUUGGGUGACGAGCCCCCUGCACACGCCCACUCUGGAGGAGAUAUUCAGCGGACUGGCCAAUCAGGGCAAGAAGAAGGGCGUCUCCCAGCUACCACCUGGCGCGGCGUUGGCGCAGGCCCAGGAGAAGACGGGACCGCUGUCCAAGACGUCAGGAGUGUUCCGCAGGCCCGACGCACCACACCCCGUCUCCCGGAGAAACUCCUCCCCGCACAUCUCUCUGCACCAAUCAGUGGAGGCCAGGGCGGACUCUUCUUCCCAGAAUGCCGCGCCUGUGGUGCAGUGGGCGCUGAAGGUUCCGUCCUCCACCGCGGCGGCGCGCCGGUUCCAUCGCCAGACGUCAUGUGACGCCUCCCUGUACCCCUCCCCCUCCCCCGCAGCCUCCGCCCCCACACGGCUGCACCCCGCCCUCCCCGAGCAGAGACCCGCCCCCCGAUCCUGUGGCCCCGCCCCCUCCGCCACCACGCGCCACCGACCCUGCUCACUCGACCUUGAGCGUGACUUUGACCUUGACCCUUGCGCCAGGGUCAUCAGGGACAUCUCCAACCAGCCCAGUGCCCAGCAACACGUCGCCACGGAUACCGCAGGCACCAAGGGACACAGGGAGCUGGCCAGCGCACCUUGGCACACUGGCACAGGAGGCGGUAGUGCUGACUUCUCUGAGGAGCUGGAGUUGUUUCUAGGCAACCCUCGUGCGCCAGCCAGACGUAACUCUGCCCCUCCCCCUGUGGGCGUGGCCUCCGUCCGGGCGCCGUUGACGAUUCGCACCAGCCAAGCCAGAGCUGUGCCAGUUAUCCCCCCCAAGCUGCAGUACAGCUCCAUGCCCGGCUCCACUGGCUCAGACCUGGGUAACCUUCCAGAAGACCGCAAGGAUUCCGGGAACAUUCCGGAAGGCCGGAAGGAUUCCAAAGCAGGCGGGGAGGAAAAGCAGAGUAACAACGUUUCCACGGCAACAAUGCCAGAAGCCCCUCCCCCUUUGACGCCAAGCUCCGAGGAGGAACGCGAGAACCGAGAGCCUGUUGCUGCGGUGACACCGUUGUCAACGGCAACGCCGGCCACACCCACCUCUCCCACAUGCCCCUCCCCCUCCCAGGCCGACGCCCCCUUGCUGCGCAGGAAGCCCUCCCCCUCCACUGCUGACCUAUCACAGCGCAGGAAGGCCACCGCAGACCCCUCCGCUGACCAGUCAGCUGGCUUCCCCGACCAGAUGAUCCUCCCCCUGUCAGGCUCCGCCCUCCUGCGCCAGAGGCCGUCCUUCCGCAACAGGCCACGCCCCCAGAGCCUGGUGCUGUUCAGCCCUCCGUUCCCCAUCAUGGACCCCCCAAACAACACCACAAACAACACCCUCAGCAACACCAACAGCAACACCAACACCGCACCCAGUGCACCCCUCAACUCCUCCUCCCACCAACGGCCCGCCCCCAGGGCCCUCAGGGCUGCCGUCUCAUUGGGCCGUGCCGCCAGCUUCUGGGAUAGGCCCACCCACCGCCAGGACGACAUCCAAUCAGGACGGCCGGGCGGCGAGGGUUCCACCAGGGAGCGGCGCAAGAGUUCGGAGGGCGCGGGGGGGUCAGUGGGGGGGUCGGCGGGGGGGUCCAAGAUGACCCUCCCCAAGAGUGGCCAGCGCCUCGAGACCUCACCGAGCAGCUGCUUCUACCAGCCGCAGAGGAGGAGCAUGGUCAUCGACAACCGGCAGGGGAGACAGAUCGAGUAGAGCAGCACACACACACACACACACACACACACACACACACACACACACACACACACACACACACACACACACACACACACACUACCAGCCCCAGAGGAGGAGUAUGGUCAUUGACAACCGGCAGGGGAGACAGAUCGAGUAGAGCAGCACACACACACACACACACACACACACACACACACACACACACACACACACACACACACACACACUAACCAGCCAUAGAGGAGAUCUAUGGUGAUCGAGAAUAGGCAAGGCAGACAGAUAGAGUUGAGUAGCACACGCACACACACACACACACACACACACACACACACACACACACACACACACACUAACCAGAAGCAGAGGAGAUCUAUGGGGAUCGAGACAGAGUAGAGUAGCACACACACACACACACACACACACACACACACACACACACACACACACACACACUAACAGGCUCGGCACAGAUCUGUGGUGCUGACGAUAAGUCAGGGGAGACACACACACACUACACACACUACA